CAUAUCCCCAUCAAAUUGAAUUUUCUUAAUUCCUCUUCUCUCCCCAAGUCUCUGUCUUUCUUUCAACUCUCCAAAUAUAUACAUUACUCAACUCUCUUUUUAAUACAACUAAAUAACGUAAAGGUACUUCCAAAGAAAUGACUGGGUUUUUCUCUUCAUCCAAAACUCCAUCACCUCCACAUAACUCUUCUCACAAUAAUUCUUCACCAUCCCCAUCUCAUACUUUCUCUGAGACUUUAAUGGAGGAUACUUUAAAUAACGCUGAGCCCAUUAUUACAAGAUGGGAACUUGAUGGCAACUCUUCUUGCAUAGUAUCAAAUCUCUUCCAAGAGAGUAGAGCAGAGGUCAAGCAGUUUCUUGACACUGUAAUUGACUUACAACACGCUAUGCAAUUUUUUGUUAAAGAAAAUUCCAGCUCCCAAUUGCUUGCACGAGCUCAACAACUCAUGCAAAUCGCCGUCAAAAGACUUCAGAAAGAGUUUUACACCAUUUUAUCAGGAAAUCGAUACUUCUUAGACUCAGAAAAUGUCUCUAAAGAAUCAACCCGGUCAAGCAGUUCAGAUGAAGAUGAUAAUGCUGAAAUUGAAGCUCGUUUUAACGAUGUUUCAAUUACUGAUGAAGGUGAAAAGGUCUCCAUAGCUGUAGAUCUGAAAGCUAUUGCUGAUUGUAUGAUUGAAGCUGGGUAUGGAAAAGAAUGCGCGAAGAUUUACCAACUUAAUCGAAAAUCAUUCAUAGAUGAAACAUUAGAUUACUUGGGGGUUGAAAAUCUUUGCUCUUCAACGGUUCAAAAAAUGGAAUGGGAAAUUCUUGAAAAGAAAAUAAAAACAUGGUUAAGCGCUGUUAAGGUUGCUGUUAGUACUCUUUUUUACGGUGAAAGAAUUCUCUGUGACCAAGUGUUCUCUAUCUCCGACAACAUACGAGAAUCUUGUUUCACAGAAAUCGCUAAAGACAGUGCUUUAACGUUGUUCACUUUCCCAGAAAUGGUGGCCAAAUACAAGAAGCUUUCGUUAGAGAAAAUGUUCCGUAUUCUUGAUCUCUACGACUCUAUUUCUGAACUUAUGAGUGAAAUUGAAGUGAUAUUCGGGUUUGAUUCUACAUCAGUCGUCAAAUCUCAGGCGUUGACCGGCAUGGUCAAACUCAAAGAAGCAGCUCGUACCAUGUUGUCGGAAUUUGAAACAGCCAUUAAGAAAGAUACAUCUAAAGUAGUGCCAGGUGGUGGAAUUCAUCCAUUAACACGUUAUGUUAUGAAUUAUCUUAUUUUUCUAAGUGAUUACAGUGGGCCCAUCUCCGACGUUGUCUCUGAUUGGCCGGCAACAAUAAAGUCACCGUUACCGGAAUCUUAUCUGUUAAGUCCAAUCGCUGAUGACGUGGACUCACCUUCCUGUGUCGUUUCCGUACGACUCGCAUGGCUUAUCCUUGUUCUUCUAUGUAAACUUGAUGGUAAAGCAGGGUUUUAUAAUGACGUGGCGUUAUCUUAUUUGUUCUUAGCGAACAAUUUAAACUAUGUUGUUUCGAAGGUAAGGGAAUCUAGUUUGAAGCUCUUGUUAGCUUCGGACUGGAUUCCGAACCACGAAGCUAAGGUAGAACAAUACAUGGGGAAUUACGAGAGGGUCGGUUGGAUCAAGGUGAUGACGUCACUUCCGGAGGAUUUAACGGCUGAGAUUUCUUCAACGGAAGUGAAUGAGUGUUUUUGUAAAUUCAAUUCGGGUUUUGAGGAGGCGUAUAGGAAACAAAGUUCAUGGAUUAUACCCGACCCGAAACUACGUGAUGAAGUUAAAAUUUCACUGGCGAAGAAGAUUGUUUCGGCUUAUCGACCAUUUUACGAGAAGCAUUGUGGUGGAGUGAAGUCAAUUGUCAAAUUUGUCCCUGAUGAUUUGCAAAAUUACUUGUCUGAUUUAUUUUAUGGAAAUGGUUUUUCAGAAAAUGGUAGUACGACAUCGCAUGGCUCAACUUCAACGCGGUCAUCGCCAUCACGGGGUUAAGUUUAAUUUUAGUUUACUGGUUAUUUGUUUCAUGCCUUUUAUUUGAACGGUAAGCCUCGGUUUGAAAUUGAAGAUAACUACAUUAACAGCAUGAUUGAGCAAGGAAGAGCUAGAUCGUUUCAGUGCCU